AUGUCGACUUUCCCUGAUGCCGACGAGUUCUUGAAGGAGAAGCCUAGCCUUGGAAUGAGGGCCGAAGCAACUACCCUGGAUUUGUUAACCAAGGUGCGAAAUUCGGAUGAUGCUUCGCCGCAAUGUGUUUCCGUUACGGAUUUCCUUCCCCGGUUUGUGGAAAACGUUUGCAUUAAGCAGUCUAACGUCAGGUCACCUGUCCCUGAAACUCCCCAGUUGACAAUAUUCUAUGCCGGGAAAGUGCUAGUGUUUGAUGCUUUUCCGCCUGAGAAGGCAACGGAAAUCAUGGAGUUAGCCACCAAGCUUGCCUGUGAUGAUUCUGUCAACAACAAACAUACUUUUAGAGUUCCCGUUAAUCAUGAAAAUUUGAACGUGAUCAAGGCACCUCAAUUAAUAAGCAAUCCUUGUCCAGGACCCCAAGUUUUUGAUUCAGAUAUGAGAUAUCCAAGAAGAGUUUCAUUAUUAAAGUUUCUUGAGAAGAGGAAAGAAAGGGUGAUUGCUAGAGGACCUUAUCAAAUUAACAGUUGUCCCAAUCACGAGGGAAGCCGUUCCAAACACUUUGACCUUAACUUAUAGAUAGGAAUCUAGCUCGUCAUCCAAUUAGGUUAUUAAUGAAACUGAUUAGUUUCAGAAAUAUCCAAGUAGUUAUACUUAUGCGCAUGAUAUUAUUUUAUUUUUUAUUUUUUGAAUGUAACUAAUAGUUUAAUUUUACAUGC